AGGGAAGCUAUGCGAAAUUAUUUAAAAGAGCGAGGGGAUCAAACAGUACUUAUUCUUCAUGCAAAAGUUGCACAGAAGUCAUAUGGAAAUGAAAAAAGGUUUUUUUGCCCUCCUCCUUGUGUGUAUCUUAUGGGCAGUGGAUGGAAGAAAAAAAAAGAACAAAUGGAACGUGAUGGUUGUUCUGAACAAGAGUCUCAACCGUGUGCAUUUAUUGGGAUCGGAAAUAGUGACCAAGAAAUGCAGCAGCUAAACUUGGAAGGAAAGAACUAUUGCACAGCCAAAACAUUGUACAUAUCUGAUUCAGACAAGCGAAAGCACUUCAUGUUGUCUGUGAAGAUGUUCUAUGGCAACAGUGAUGACAUUGGUGUGUUCCUCAGCAAGCGGAUAAAAGUCAUCUCCAAACCUUCCAAAAAGAAGCAGUCAUUGAAAAAUGCUGACUGUAUGUAUGCUUUUCUUAUUUGUCCCCAAUUCCUACCGUGAAUUAAUAAGACAGACUCUUUGUUAAAUUAAAAAUGGCCUUUUCAAUAGCCAAUUCAUUCUUUACUAA